AAAAACGUGCUCCAUUCUGACUUUCCCAUUCGUUUCUCACUCCACCCACCUCUCUCUCGUUUUCGAUUCCCCCAAACGCCCCUCUCUGGUCUCUGCUCAACCAUGGCUUCUUGCUCCAAUCCUCCUCCUCUCUCUUCACCGCUCUCCCCUUCUCUCCAAACCCGAAAACUCUUCGCUCCUCUCUCCUAUCCUCGCUCCGGCGGACCCUCCUAUGCUCUUCAUUUCCACGCCAAAAGGGGCAUUAGGUUUUCAAACCCACCUCUCCGUCUCAAGGUUCUUUGCUCCGCUGAUUACGACAAAGUUUCAGCACUCUUCAAAAAUGUGGCAGAAUGAAGGAUUGGGUGAGCGCUGUGCUCUCUGUCUGAGCUUAUCAGCUGCAGUGGUCACUGGAGACUCAUGGGAAAAAUCAAUUCUGAACAGCGAAAUCCCUGUCCUGGUUGAAUUUUAUGCUAGUUGGUGUGGGCCCUGCAGGAUGGUUCACCGGGUGAUAGAUGAGAUUGCAGAAGAUUAUGCAGGGAGACUUAAAUGCUUUGUGCUGAACACAGACCAUGACUUGCAUAUUGCUGAGAACUAUGAAAUUAAGGCUGUGCCAGUGGUUUUGCUGUUUAAAAAUGGAGAGAAACGUGAAUCUGUAGUUGGAACCAUGCCUAAGGAGUUCUAUGUGGCUGCCAUUGAGAGGGUCCUCUCAUCUUAAUCCCAGUUUGUUUCACAACUAGACCAUCCAGGGAAAUUGAUCAAUUUUCCCCCAUGUCAUAUCAUUUUUAUAUCUUGAAUUGUGAAUUGUGCUGUCAGCCUGUCACGACAUGGUUGUACAUUCUAGUUACCAUCUUCUUCUUCGUCUUCUUCUUCUUCUUCUUCUUCUUUUUUGAAGAAUGAGCUGGUAUGAGUUUAUGUUUUGUACAUAUGACCUUGACUGUGCGGCUUGUUUUAGGAAUCUGAAUGCAUUUCAUGUCUAUGCAAGUUGUGCAUCAUUAAUGAUAAUGAACAAUAAAAGGUUCAAAGUCA